AUAUUUCCAGGUUUCACAUUCAAAGAUCCAAGAGAUUUACAAACCGUAAAAGGAAAAGUAUAUUUUAUAUAUUAUAUAUGGAAUUGGAAUAUGUAUGUCUUAGAUUUCUCACAUUGAUUCUUCAGAAACGUGGUUCUCUGGAUUUUUUUUCUUUUUCUUUUAUGUAAUUUUUAGCAACUUUCAUCUCAAUUCCCAUCAAUUUCAGUCUUUGAUCACCAAUAUUCGCUCGAAAUCAUGCUUUGUCUGUGACUUGUGUGAAAGGCUCAAGAUUUUUUUCCGGGUUUGAUUGGAGGAAUCGAGAAAAACUUGAAGGGUGGUUUCCGCUUUUUCUGUGCUACCGAUGCCAGAUAACCGGCAGGUCCAGAAGAAUGCUACUCCUAAUCAAUCCGCUAAUCCCAUUGAAGAUUCAGGCUAUUCAAGAUUCUGGAUUAUAUGUUUUUUUAUGUGUGGUGAUUUUAGAAGCAUUUUGGCGGUUAAAAAUCAAUGAUAAUCAGGAAGGUGGUGGUGCUGCUCAAUCAGCUCCAUAUCCUGAUCGACCUGGUGAACCUGACUGCCUGUAUUAUUUGAGGACUGGAUUGUGUGGUUAUGGAAGUAACUGUCGUUAUAAUCACCCUUCUUAUGUUUCUCAGGGUUCUCUGUACGGUAUUGAACUCCCAGAAAGAGUUGGACAGCCUGACUGUGGGUACUUUCUGAAGACAGGGACCUGUAAAUAUGGAUCAACAUGUAAAUAUCAUCAUCCAAGGGACAGGCGUGGUGCUGGACCAGUCUCAUUCAACGUUGUAGGUCUCCCCAUGCGUCAGGAAGAAAAACAAUGUCCCUAUUACAUGCAAACUGGAUUUUGCAAGUUUGGAGUUGCUUGCAAGUUCGAUCACCCACAGCCUGCAUCACUUGGAACUGUUUUAGCAGUAACUGGGCAUGCUGAUGUUGGAUCUAUGGGCUCAACAGUUAUGCCUUCAUCAGGUCUACCUUAUGCCGGUGGACUUCCUGCAUGGUCAUUACCAAGAGUGCCAUAUAUAUCUGGCCCACGUUUUCCAGGUCCAGAAACUUACAUGCCCGCUUUUCUUCCUCCUCAAGGCGUUGUACCUGCCCAGGGCUGGAACACGUACAUGGGAAACAUGAGCCCCAUGUCGCCUAACGGUUCUACCACUGUACUUUAUUCCAACUUUAUAUACAACUCCAAGAAUCUAGGUGAGUCAGCUUCAAGAGGGCUGUCAUCAGGAACUACUCCAAGUCUCCCUGAGAGGCCUGAUCAACCAGAGUGCCGGUAUUUUAUGAACACUGGGACAUGCAAAUAUGGAUCUGAUUGCAAGUUCCAUCACCCAAAAGAAAGAAUUGCACAGUCAGGGGCAAAUCCGCCUGGCCUUCCCUUGAGACCGGGGCAAGCUGUAUGUUCGUACUACAGUAUGUAUGGGCUCUGCAAGUACGGCCCAACUUGCAAAUUUGAUCACCCAGUUGUGGCUGUUCCUCAUAAUUAUAGCUUGGGCCUCCCUAAUCUAGCUAUGAUUGAUUCAUCUCGCUUCAGUAAUCCGAGAAGCAUGUCAACAGCCCACUCAUCUGAGACUUCCCCUUCUAAAUCAUCAAAAUUUCCUGAUUGGGUCCAGAAACAAGAUGUUGCAAGCAACAAAAAUGAGAAAUCAGACACAAAGACUUCAGAGGAUUCACCUGAAGACGCCGGUUCUUCACCACACUCCAUUCCAAGCUCAGCAGCAGAACCUUUACAUGAUCAAUCUGGUUGAAGUCACUUCUCUUUAGUUCUCUUGUCAUAGCACUUUUUGAUGCAUGAUAUGAAGGAGAUAUCUAUUACCGGGACCUCCUGCACCCCUUUUUUCACCUGCGGUUCUGUGGAGCUUGGGGGGGCGUGGAAGGCAUUUUUUGUGGUGAAUAAAAAUGCAGGUGAUAGUUUGUAAGAAUUCCCAAAAUUAUUUCUUUUUUCUUUUUGUUUUGGUGGAUGGUAUUCAUUCGAGUUGAUGAGGGCAUGCAGAAUGCCUGGUGUUUGAUUGUUGAGUGAAGUUUAGAAUUAUCGAGCCCUGCAACCUCUUGCUUUUUGCUUA